GGAGAACAAAGAGUGGACUGUAGUGUGGUGAAGCCCGCUGUUGUUUUUAGCACAGUAACCCCCUGCACCCCCCGCCCCAUCCCCAUCUCUGCUGCUGCUGCUGCUUUUUUCCAUACCGCCUGUGUGCGCCGCAUCCAUGUACCGAGAUCCUCUGACUUAUUCACCGCAUGUCUCCACCGCCUUACCGGCUUUAAUUGAAUAAUUGCCUUUAAUCACAUCGUACCGCGGGGACAUAUCGCGCCCUAUUGACGGUUGAUCGGCGCAUUAACGGUGAGUAAUCGAUUUGGAUUAUGGGUGAUUUGUUGCAGCUUCACACAUCAAUCCUUUUAUUCUCAGUGAGGGGCGGACGGCGUCGGUUCAGGGCUGUAUUGUGAGAAAAUGUCUCCAAUAAGCUGCAGAAAUGUGUCACUUCAAGUGUCGUCUUUUAAUACUUGACGGUGUUUUUAAACCUAAAUGUUUGUUAGUGUCACAUUUUUGGCCAUCAGUUGAGCAUCUUGUCGCCUUCUCGUCUGAAGCUGGUUCAGUGUGAGAAUGUUCUGGAAACAAGCCGCCUGAAGGGCUUUUAUUUUGUAAUGAAUUAUUUAGGCACGGCUGGGCUCACAUUCAGAAACAUACCAUGAAACAGGCUGUGCGUGCGUUUGUAAGGUUAAUAUAAAGUUUAAAGCCUGUGUGUGUGUGUGUGUGUGUGUGUGUGUGUGUGUGUGUGUGUGUGUGUGUGUGUGUGUGUGUGAGGAGCUACUUGACGUGUCUCCCAUGCUGAUGCAGAGCAGUACAGACAGCCACAGUGCCCUGGUUUCACAGGGAGGUGCUUUUGGCCUUUUGUGUGUUUUCUUUUCAAAGCUCCCACAGCUUCUCUUUCUUUCUUUCUCCAGGCCAGUUGAUGAUCUAGUGUGUGUGUGUGUGUGUGUGUACGUGUGUGUGUCCAAAUACCCAGUCUCACACCCUUCUUGAUUAAAUGUUUUCUGACACAGGAGCACUGCAGACUCAUUAGAAGAGUCCAUUUGCUGGCCUCCUCCUGGUCUAAUAAGCCUGCUAAUAAAAAGAGGAGCUCAACCAGUCAAGUUGUUGAAUUAUUUAGGUCACAUAUUUCACCCUGUCAUCCAUCAUCCAUCAGUCAUGGUCACAGUCCUCACCACAGUUUUACAGGGAGGACAAAUGUGUGCUUUGUCAAAAACUGCAUGAUCACUUACUAACAGUUUUAUAGGAGGGUGAAAACCCCAACAGCAAACAGAAUUUGUUAUCUAAAAUCAUCAUUUAUCAGAGUUACUAGUACAUCUGAAGACACUAUUAUUAUUAUAAAAAGUGCAUGUAUUUUGUUAUAACUUCAAAUGGUUUGGUGACUCAAGAUAAAAAUAAAUACUUUGAGGUAUACUUUGACUGAUAUACUUAUUCUACCAACUUUUGAUUCAAGUGUAAUAUCUUUUGGGGAAGAGAAGUUUUAUAAAAGGGUAUACAGUAGGCCAGUGGUUCUCAACUGGUCUCACUCUGGGACCCACAUUUUCCCAUUGUCCUUAAGUCAUGACCCACUUUUAUAGAAUUUAAACCAAGCAAAUAAUUUUUUAUAUAUAUAGAAAAACCCUUAAAGACUCUAAUCUUUCACAUAAAUCCACUUGUUUUAUCGUGUAAAGUGCAUUUCAGAGCACAUGAAGGGGACAACAUGAGGACGACAACUACUGAAGUUACAUAUACAGAAAAUAUUAAAUAUGUAAAAAUUAUCACAUUAAAUAUUUACUUUUUUGACCAGCUGUUCGUGACUCAUCCAGAACGUUAUCUUUCUUGUCUCUAGUGGUUUUUGCAGGUCUGAUGGAGGAAUCAGUAUCAAUUUCAGUCUGUUUCAGGGCCAGAUUUAAAAAAAAAACCCUUACAAGAGCUUUAAACAUCUGAAAAAAUGUAUUUUAUUGAGAUGAUAUAGUGUUGAAGCCUCUUAAGUAAUAAUGCUGAUGACCCAUAAUGUACUGUGUGGACUUUGUGGUUUGUGAAAGCGCACGUACACCUUACUAAUUCUCUUUCUCUCACUUUUUACCAUCUUCUGCCAUCAGUAAGACAGUAGUAUGAAUGGGUCCAAAAAACUAGAAAAGCACAGUACAAGUGUAAUCCAUCUACAGUUUAUUAUAGUGACCCUCAGAUACAGUAUAAGGGUAGUCCCUGUCCUUACAGGAUAAAUGUGUUUUUACUCAGAAAGAACAUUAGAGCCAGUAGAUGUUUCUGAAGACUCAUGAAACACAGUUAAGACGUUGUGAUUAUAAACAUCUGUCAACAUGGAGAAGGCCACAUUUAUUAUUUAUACUGUAGUCCAUUCUUUUAUACAGUAUACAGAUAAUGGGCUUAACUAAGAUGGCAAACAUGUUAUAAUUAGACCUGUAGAGUGCCCAUCUGCAACACAUAACUAGUCUAACAUGAGCAUGUAGCCUGAAGUGCUGUUGUAGUAGAAGAGUCUCUUACAGUGCAUGGUCAUUUUUUUUAAUGCAAAAGUGACUUAGAUUGUUCACAGAAACUAAAGAAACAAGUGUGUGUAGUUUAUUUAGACAUCAAAUCGGCUACACAAGCAGAAUACAAUGGCUAGAAUUUAUAAGAAACGUGUUCAUGUCCGAGCAGAUGCUUGUUAACCUCUGCGUCAGGAUGUUUUAAAGCUUUUAGCCUUCAACCCCCCCCCCACACACACACACACACGCACACACACACACACACGCACACACACACGCACAGAAACUGCUAUAUUUAGACUGGAAGAGGAGAUAUUGAAUAGAGCCUGUGGGAUUCACUCUGACACACUCUGAAUUUCAUCAGUUAAAUACUCAGCCUGUAAAUGUGAUAUCACUGCUAACAUUCUCUGGGAGGUGGCUGAUAACAGCAACAACAACAGAUCCACUGGGUUUCAGUGUAGGUGUUAAACUGCUGCGGAGCGAUGCCCUGCAGCCCUCUGCAUUGAGAGCGAGAGUCAAAGUGAUUGCUCUCAUAAUAACACACACAUCACAUCUCCCAGUUACACCAUGAUAAUUGGGUUUGCGACAUGGCAUGGUGACCCAGCUCAUUCAUCCGUAUUUGAUUAUCUGAAGUGGCUCAGAAAAAAAGCAGCUUGUUGCUGGAACACACAGUUUAUGGAGGAAUCCUCUAAUGGAUGCCAGUCUAGUGUAAGCACAGAUUUCAAGAUACGAAGUGUAAUGAGCCAAGUCGAGCCGGGCCCUCGAGGGUAGGAUUGUUAUUUAAAUCAUCCGGAGACCUUUAAAAGCCAACAAGAUCACAAACUGGGGCUCUGAAACUGUACCAUUCAUUUUUUCAUUCAUUUAUCUAUCUGACAUUUAUUCAGGUUAGUCCUGUAGAGAGACCUGGUCAUGAAGUAUGGCAGCAAUGCAGAGUUUCAACAACAAAACAAUCACAUUCAUGCAGUAAAGAAAAAAAAAAAAGUCAGUCAUAGAAGUUAGCUAAAACAAGUGCAUAAAGAGGGCCUAGUUUCCAGACUUCCACAAGGAAAUUUAAAUACAUUCAGGCUAAGUUCUGCAGUUUAAAAUCAGUCUGUAGAUUAAUACAUAAAUAGUCUAAGCUUUAUUUCCCCUCAGUUUGGACUUUGGGAUCAACAAAUUGCAUGUACGAAGCUUAUGAUAUCCAUGCUUCAUGAUUAAAAGGGAGGAAAAGUAGUCUGGUAUUUUGCCUACAAUAGCUUUAUAAAUAAGUAUACCAACAUGUACCAGCAUGUAGUCAAAACAAUCCAGUUGCAAAUGAUUCAGCAAAUUAAAUAUCCUACAAGAUAUUUAAUGUUCAAACUCAUAAACCUUUUUUUUAUUGCAAAUAAUAAAUAACUCAGAAUUUCAUGGCUGCAACACAUGCCAAAGUAGUUGGGACAGUUUAUAACUGUGUCACAUCACCUUUCCUUUUGACAACACUCAAUAAACAUUUGGGAACUGAGGAGACUAAUUGUUGAAGCUUUGAAGGUGGAAUUAUUUCCCAUUCUUGCUUGAUGUACAGCUUCAGUUGUUCAACAGUCCAGGGUCUCCGUUGUCGUAUUUUAUGCUUCAUAAUGCACCACACAUUUUCAAUGGGAGACAGGUCUGGACUGCAGUCAAGCCGGUCAAGUACCCGCACUCUUUUACUACGAAGCCACGCUGUUGUGACACGUGCAGAAUGUGGCUUGGCAUUGUGUUGCUGAAAUAAGCGUUCAUGAAAAAGACGUUGCUUGGGUUGCAGCAUAUGUUGCUCCAGAACCUGUAUGUACCUUUCAGCAUUAAUGUUGCUUUCACAGAUGAGUAAGUUACCCAUGCCUUGGGCACUAAUGCACCUCCAUACCAUCACAGAUGCUGGCUUUUGAUCUUUGCGUUGAUGGGCACUAAUGCACCUCCAUACCAUCACAGAUGCUGGCUUUUGAUCUUUGCGUUGAUAACAGUCCGGAUGGUUCUUUUCCUCUUUGGCCCGGAGGACACGACAUCCACCAUUCCCAAAAACAAAUUGAAAUGUGGACUCGUCAGACCACAGAACACUUUUCAACUUGGCAUCUGUCCAUCCUAGUGAAGCCGGCGGCAUCUCUGGAUGUUGUUGAUAAAUGGCUUUCACUUUGCAUAGUAGAGUUUUAACUUGCACUUACAGAUUAAUAGGUGUUUAAUUAGCAUUCCUCAAAUUUCUCAGUAUUUUGCCACCUUUCCCAACUUCUUUGUCACCUGUUGCUGCCAUCAAAUUCUAAAGUUAAUGAUUGUUUGCAAAAAACAAUAAAGUUUACCAGUUUGAACAUUAAAUAACUUGUCUUCGUAGUAUAGUCAAUUGAAUAUGGGUUGAAAAGGAUUUGCAAAUCAUUGUAUUUCGUUUUUAUUUGCGAUUUACACAUCUUCCCAACUUCAUUGGAAUUGGGUUUUGUACAAUGGUGAGUAAGAAAUCACAGCGCACCAAUGAUGCACGCUGUUGAGGCUGUGAAGACUUUGAUUUCUGGCAUUCAUGUACAACAAAUGGAUUAUUCUUCUUUUAAUUUUUCAUAUCUAUAAAUUUCCUUCUUUUGACCUUCCUGCCUUAUGUUUUUCAGGUUAUUUAAGCUGCAGCCCUCCACCCUUAAAGCCUCCUCUCUGUGCGUCUCCCCCACCCUCAAACACACUGUGGCCAUGCAGGAGGUGUGACCCUCCUUCCUCUUCUUCUUUGAGCAACAUCAGAGGAGACCUGAACAAAAGAAAAACUCAGCCUGUCACUAAACCAAGAUGUCAGACCCUGAUCCUUCCUCACCAGCAGACCCACCACUGCCACUCACCUCUCCCCGGACCCCCCUGCAGCUCUCUUUCCCUUUCCUGAGGGAGGGCAGUCGGAUUUGGGAGAGAGAGAGGAAACCGCCUCAGCCAGGAGAGCUGCCCAGCCCACUGCCCACCAAACGCACCCGCACAUACUCAGCGUGAGUAAGAGAGACAGCAUGUUCAUAUGCUUCAUCCUGUGUAAUAUGAUUGCUUCAAUAUCAUUUAAGAACCGUUUAUUUUUGCUUUUUUAUUUGGGGAUUUUUGAUGCACCAUCUUUCCCUCUCUUUCCAUCUCCUUCUGCUUCUGCCUCUCUUUCUCUGCAGGACAGUACGAGCUAGAUCAGGUCCAGUAUUCAAAGGGGUGUGUAAAAACUUCUCCAGGUCUCAGGGUCAUGGAUUUAUCCGCCCCUCACACGGAGGAGAGGACAUCUUUGUCCACAUCUCUGAGUGAGUUAAGUUUUUCUUGUUUUAGGAGUUUGACAGGAAGUGAACCUGUUUUCUCAGCAUCUUAUGUAGGAAAUAAAUUCAACUUCAAAGCCACAAAAUAUCAUGUUUCCUAACAAGCCUCAAUGGGGCCCUCUAUUUCUGCCAAUAAUAUUGAUUGUUGAUCAUUCACACACUUUCACAAAUCUCUUUGAUUAACAUUCCAUGACUUACAAACAUACCUUUAUCUUGGCAUUUUUUUGGCAUUCUUCCUCUUUCUUUUCUCUGCUCCUGAAGGAUAUGUCCUUUUUUGUGACAUUGUUUUGCCCCACAACUACCUGCGCUUUGGAUGCUCAGUGCACAGAAGGCACAUAACGGUGGCGUAGCUUUAAAACAUUGGCAGUAAGAAUCAUAGGCCUACAUCGGCAGCAGCACUAAAAUGUUUUUACUUUAUUCUAUUUUCUUCUUACAAUAAUUUGAUCAUACAGAAAGCAUCACUAAUAUAUGCAAAAAAUAAAAAUAUAUGUUUAAAUUAUUAUUUUUUGAUUGCUCUUGGGGCCCCCAGAUUGGCUGCAGGGCCCUAAGCAGGCACUUAGUUCGCUUAUGCCUUGGGCUGGCUCUGUUUCCUAACAGUGUGUGAGCUGCUGGCACCUGUAUCUCUUUGCUCCCACAUGUUUUAGAUUCCUCCAACACAUGGAAGAAAAUGUAUGUCAGGGUCGACAUGCUGCAUCAGACACAGUCAUUAUCUAUGAAUGCAACAGCAAACAUUGAUUUAAUAUGCUUGUUUCUCUUGGACAGCAUCGAGGGAGAGUACGUGCCUAUGGAGGGGGACGAGGUCACGUACAAGGUGUGUCCCAUCCCUCCCAAGAACCAGAAGAUCCAGGCUGUCGACGUGAUGAUUACCCACCUGAAUCCAGGCACCAAGCACGAGACCUGGUCAGGGCAAAUCAUCAGCUCCUAGAUUGGCGCUUCAGGGCUGUGAGGCUGCAACGGCAAAAGAGGAUUCAGAUUUAAUUUCAGGUUUUAUGUUUUUGCAGUGAAGGGUGUGGGACGGGGUUGUUGGAGAAGGGGCAGGAGCUCGGCCUGUGGUGGCUGUGUCAGUACAGGUCUUGGUGAAUGUCUCUUAGGAUUAGACGCGGGGCUUUGAAUGUAUAGGUUUGAAUGUUUUUCUUUGGAGGUAAGGCUUUCAUUGUUUGGUUUUGAAUGUUUUCAUAAAGGGUUUGAAAGUUUUGGUUGAGGUUACAGGGCUUGGUGCUAGUUUUUUUUUACCUUGAUCUUGGGAACAAACUUAUGUUGGAAAAUCAGUUGUUGAAAGAGAAGCAUUUUUUUUAAAGAAUAAGGUGGGGUACUGAAGUGACUGAAUCAAAUUUCAAGCUAAUUCGACCUGGUCAGUCAUACAAGCAGGCAAAUUUAAGUUUUAAAAUACCAGCGCAAGAAGUGAGUUUUGAAUUUCUGCCUUGCUUUUAUUUUGUCUCUUUUUGAAACUCGGCUACAAACUGAUGGAAAUUUUGUGCCACUGCUGCCAAAAGUCACGUGACAAGCAUCUCAUUGAAAACUCUAGCCAUAUUGUAACCGUGUUUACAGGCACAGAUGCAGACAAAAGUAAACGAAAACUACAUUUGUAGCCACCCUUUCUGUUGUCUUAAUGUAACAGGAGCAGCCGCUCAGAUCUGUCUUCAGAGGAUCCUGUUAUUUCAUGAUAAUCUAAAAAAUUCCAGUGGUGCACGACUGCCAAAUCAAGACGGUGGGAACUCACUCUGACAGUCUCAAAAGCUCUUAAUGCGUUUUGGCCUCAGGAGCUGGGAUGAGCUCCACAUAUGAGGAAUUAAUUUCCUCCUUAGUGUUGUAGCACUUGUGUAUUUUGUCUACUUGAAAAAUGUAGAAAUCCAGUAUUAUUGUAGCCAGCUCCUAUGACGGUCCGAUGUUUUGGUGGUAGAGAGAAUAGCUGGGUGUUGUGUUGGCCUGCCACAGAAAACCAGGCCAGAGGGUUUGGGGUGAGGAAACUGGAGAGGGAAGAAGGUCAGGGAAUGGGCAGAGGAUGGAGUGAGAGUAUAAAGAUGUAGAUCAGAUACAGCUUGACUUAAAAUGUUGUGUUUCAAGUAGAAAAUGUCUCAAAUCAGCAGUUCUUAAGAGAAGGACUUGAUAAGGUCAAAGAAAGUUUGACAUUUUGGAAAGAAACUUGUUUGCUCUUUUGGAAAAAGUAAGCUCAUAUGAUCGAUACCACUUUAUCAUUUGCACCGGAUGUAAAGCUACUGCUUGGAUAUAUCAUGUGUUAACACGGCAGUCUCGAGGCUCACUACAUACCAGUUAUUGGUGAAAAUGCACUAAAACAUUGUUUGCCAGCUGCCAUAUAACACCUCAAAGAAGAAGAGUUCAUUCAGUUUGGCUGAGCGAGGCACCUGCUAAAUGUAACUUUGUGUUUGGCUUCAAAGUGGCACUACUGUUUUCAUAUUACUUUUAUCAAAAAAGUGAGUAAGUAUAUUUUUCAAAAUGUUAAACUAUUCCUCAAAAUUAUUUGUGUAAUUGUAAAAAAAAAAACAUUUUAAUAGCACUGUGUUUCUAGCAUUUUUCUAUUGCGAUAAAUGACCCCUUCUUGUCAAAGUAUUUGCAGCUUUCAAGCUUUUGAUUUUUUAUAUUAAAAAAGUGAUGCAAGGCGAUAAGAAUCACUGGAUAUUUUAAAGAGCAGUGUCACCUUUAGACUGAUGAACUGCUGAUUUAUUUGUGUAAGGUUUAAAAACUGGGAUAGGGGGGUCUAUAUGGUUACUUUACGCAAUGGCAAAUGACUGUGAAAAUAACAGCAAAUGCUUCCUGUUGUAAGUGUGUUAUUUAUUAAGUUAUUUAUUAUCAUUUGAGACCAUCAGGUGUUUGGUAAUUAAAAGCUGCAUUUAUAAGUAUUUGUGCAAAUGUAAGCCUCUUUGAAUACACUGCACACCUCACUCUGAUGAUACUACCCAGUUAAUAACCCAUCUGUCACUAAAUCAUGACAGGUGUUUAAAAGACAAACCUUCAACCUUUCUAAACACGAGUUUCUCAUUUCUACAUAAUCCUAGUCUAAUUAUGAUUAGCUCUGUCAUGUACAAAAUAACAAGCGGUCAUGUUGUUUUUUGGAAGGUGGCAUGUUUUGAACUGUUUGUGGUAUUUUUAUGUAGAUUGUGUUGAUUCUGUUUCAUCAUGCAGUAACACAUUUGGAGCCUUCAGAGAGGCGUCCUCAGCCUCUUAUGCAUUUCUGAGUGUGUCCUGACAUCGUAGUGACACACUGCUGUGUUUGGAGAAACAAGUACGAUUGUGUUUGCAGGCACUUUUAUUUUUGUCGACUCACUGUGACACUGUCCUUUGUCUUUGAGGUAAAGUUUGAAUAAAACUUACAACUGUAUUCACUAUCCCGUGUGACAGUGUGUUAUUUUACUUCAUUUGUAUAAAGCAAAGAUUGCUCUGAGCUAAUUUUCUCCAAGUCAAGUGAUCACAGUACAAAGACAAAUAACUAGGCCGGUUAUUUUAGGAGCUCUCUUUCACAAAGUUUUUGCAAGUCCUUAAUUUAUCAAGCAUUUGGUUUGAGUCCUAAAAGAGGUUAAUCUGGGUUUGUUUUGACACGGUCUAUGUUUAGUUCAUGAGAGAAGAAACAGGCGAGCAUUGACCUGACCUGGCAGCCCAGACAUGAUUUAAUAUAGAAAAUAUUCAGACAACUAAAAGCAGGAAUAACAAACCCAGAAUAACCCUUCACAAAGAAACCUACUUUAGUCAAGAAAUGUGUCUUAUGUGAAAUUACACAGGUACUGUAUAUAACAAAGCCUACUGUAAGCAUUUUAUAGUUAUUUUUAUUUUUUAGAAACGUGGACUUUUGUUUUAACUUUUUAAUGAUUUUUCCAUUUGUAUUAGCUUGCCCUGACCGCUAGGUGUCAGUAGUGUUUUAUGUGCCUCUGAUUAUCUAAAGAAGGAAAAGUAUGCCGAGCAUUUUUGUACAAUGUUCACCUUUCAAUGGAGUUGGGAGAAAAAGGGAGAUUGUUUACGGAGUUGCAAAAAUCUUUGAACUUGAGCUGUCAAACU